GGAGGAGGAGCAGCAGCAGCAGGAGGGUACCUGCCCCAGUCCCAGGAGGCAAUCCCUGCAGGCUGCCUGGAGGAGGAGCCCGAAGAGGCCAUGGCCACCGAGACGACGCAGGGACCCAACGCUACCUGGUGGGCUCCGACCAACGCAUCCGGAUGCCCAGACUGCACUGUCAAUGCCUCAGAUGGUCCAGUCCCUGCGCCACAGCUCCUGGAUGCCUGGCUGGUCCCCCUCUUCUUUGCUGCGCUCAUGUUGCUCGGGCUGGUGGGGAAUUCGCUGGUCAUCUACGUUAUUUGCCGCCACAAGCAUAUGCGGACAGUGACCAACUUCUAUAUCGCCAAUCUGGCGGCCACCGAUGUCACCUUUUUGCUGUGCUGCGUGCCCUUCACGGCGCUGCUCUACCCGCUGCCCGCCUGGGUGCUGGGGGACUUCAUGUGCAAGUUUGUCAACUACAUCCAGCAGACCGUGGGCACCAGACACUCCUCCCAGGACACAUCCGUGUGCACCCGAGUGGUUGGAUAUGUGGGAAGAUCGGGAGCCCCCACCACACUCGACUCCUUGGCUUUUCCAGGUCUCAGUGCAAGCCACAUGCGCCACGCUGACAGCCAUGAGCGUGGAUCGCUGGUACGUGACGGUGUUCCCGCUGCGCGCCCUGCACCGCCGCACUCCGCGCCUGGCGCUGGCGGUCAGUCUGGGCAUCUGGGCUCUGCAACCGUGUCUGCCCCGGUGCUCACCCUGCACCGACUGUCCCGUGGGCCUCGCACCUACUGCAGCGAGGCUUUCCCCAGCCGCGCCCUGGAGCGCGCCUUCGCUCUCUACAACCUGCUGGCCCUGUACGUGCUGCCCUUACUGGUCACCUGCGCCUGCUACGGAGCCAUGCUGCGGCACCUGGGCCGCGCCGCCGUUCGCCCUGCACCCGCGGAUGGCGUCCUGCAGGGCCAGUUGCUGGCGCAGCGCGCUGGCGCAGUGCGCACUAAGGUCUCCCGUCUGGUGGCCGCCGUGGUGCUGCUCUUUGCAGCUUGCUGGGGUCCGAUACAGCUGUUCCUUGUGCUGCAGGCGCUGGGCCCCGCAGGCGCCUGGCAUCCGCGCAGCUACGCGGCCUACGCGCUCAAGAUCUGGGCGCACUGCAUGUCCUACAGCAACUCAGCGCUCAACCCACUGCUCUACGCCUUCCUGGGCUCGCACUUCAGACAGGCUUUCCGCCGUGCGUGCCCCUGUGGCGGCGGCCGCCAGCGCCCGCCCCACGGGCCUGGACGUGCUGACAUGGCCGCAAGCCACACGGAGCUGCACAGCCUGGCCGCUCACCCAACCCGGGUCAGGACCGCAGAACAAUCGCUGUGUGUCCACAGGGAAAGCGCUGCACCUCUCUGAGCCUCCGGCGGAACAAUGGUUCAACAUUAUCAGUGUCUCAUAAUAGGGGAAAUGUCCUGUCGUCUUGGGUUUGGCCAAAGCAGGCUAUGGUGUUUUCUUAUUGAUAUUGUGAAAAUUGUUCCUGUACUUUGUGACAUUUGAAGAAUACUACUCUUGUCUUCUGAAAUUUUCUUUUCCUGUCCUGGGAACUGAACCCAAGUCUUUGCUCUUAACUAAACAAGUG